AUGGAAAAUAUACUGAAAAAUGACCAAGAGACUUUAAUGUGUAGUGAUGAAGAAGCGAGACAAAGGAUUCAAGCUAAUGUCAUUCAUUUGUUUGAGCUGGCUCCAGGAACUGAUAUUUCGAGAGGGAAGGUGAAGGCACAUAGGCCAUGGCUUGUGAAAAAGUAUGUGAGAAAUUGCGAAAAUGACAGUAUAAGAGACCCAGAAACUUUGGAUAAAACACUUGAUUAUUUAUUCAAUAAUAUACUUUUUCUUGAGACUAAUGGAAAUCCGAUGAACUACUCACUUCCAAGAGGAAAAAUUGUACACACUUAUGAAGAGAUUUAUGAUUUUUUGAGUGAUAGAUUAAGAGCUAUUGCAAAAGAUUACAAAAUUCUAGGAGAAAACACAAGUGAUUUGUAUAUAAAAAACCAUGAAAGAAUGGCAAAAUUUUAUAUCAUGUCUUCAUCGAGAGCUUGCUAUUAUGAAGGUUUUGAUAUAUUUUUGAAUGACGAAAGAUGUAGAGAUAUAUUGAGUUCGCUUAUUGAAGGAUAUAAAGAAAGAAGAAAGCUUAAUAUUCAUUCAGAAAAUGAAGCUGAGUUUGUUGCUUAUAAAAUACUUAUUGACAUGGAUAAACCAAUUGAAGUAGUGACCAUUCUUAAAGAAAUUUCUAGAGAUUUAUUGAAUAGAGAAAUAUUGCAGUUGGCAGUAAACAUAUUUUUCGCAUAUUGGGAAGAUAAUUAUUCAGCAUUUUUCAGGCUUGUUAAAAAUUCAAGUUAUUGGAUAUCCUGUGCAUGCUAUAAAUUCUUUGAAAGUGUAAGAGUGUCCGCUAUGGAAAUAAUGAAAAUCGCAUUUAGAGAAAUUUAUCUUGAUGAAUUUAUUGAUGCUCUUUGGUUUUCUAGUACAGAAGAAGCUUGUGAAUUUCUGAAUAUAAAAGGUAUUAGAAUAAAAUGAAAUGAAAAUAAGGCAGAAGUUUGCAUGAAAGGUAUUGGAAUCCUUCAAAAUUCAUAUAAACCUAAAAUCGCUAUAUCAAAUAUUGAAAACAAAAGAUUUAUUGAAAAUUGUUCAUUAUAA